UCUUACAGACAAAGAUGAUGCCAGAAGACCACACUGAACAACUGAGAAUAACAAGCAAUAUUGAAAAGCAAAGCAGAUUGAGGCAGAAAUAAAAAUAUUCACCAUUUCCAUCAGAAAAACCACACAAUUCUUCUCCUUCCACAGCAGUGAGAGACAAAGGAAAGAAAUCAAUACGAGAUUUCGUGCUGCAAAAAGUAGAGUAUGUGGAACUCAAGGACACAAUACACAAAUAGGUCAAGAAAGAUUAUUUUUCCAUUCAGAAAAAGAGGAAAAUAUCUGGAAGUGAGUGGGGAGGAAAAGAUUAAUUGGACAGGUACAUAGGACAGACAGUAAUCCUUGCAUUGCCCUGGGGGAAGAAAUGGGCUUAAAUCAAAGCAACGCUAAACAAGGGAGCACACAUAUUGUUGACCUUCUCAAGAAUAUCAGUGGUGGAAAAUCUCAAUAGGUGUGCCUAUCAUGGAAGAUGCAGACUUCAAAUCGCAAAUGAUUAUGCGGGGAAAAAUCUAAUCUGGAGAAAAUUAGAUACAAAUUAUCUGAAUGUGGCAAAAGCUUUUGUCAGAACAGAUCCCUUUUGAUUGAAGAACCCACCCAGAAGCGAUGCCCUACAAGUGCUUCCAAUGUGCUAAAUCUUUUAAGAAAAAUGACAACUUGGUGAUACAUCUGAGGACUCACAGCAGGAAGAAGCCAUAUGACUGUCCGGAUUGUCAGAAAUAUUUCAUUGGAUAUUCCCACCACAUGAGACACCUGAGGACUCACUCAGGAAAGAAACCCUUUGAAUAUCCUGUUUGUGGGAAAGGUUUCAAUCAUAAUUCCAGCCUGGUAAGACACCAGAGGACUCACACAGUUCAGAAACCGUUUGCAUGUCCUUAUUGUGGGAAAGCUUUCAGUAAGAAUUCUGACUUGGUAAACCAUAAGAGGACUCACAUAGGAGAGAAACCCUUUAAAUGUCCUGUUUGUUGGAAAAGUUUCAGUCACAAUUCUGUCCUGGUGAGCCAUCAGAGGACUCACACAGGAGAAAAACCCUUUGAAUGUCCUAUUUGUGGGAAAAGUUUCAGUCAGAAUUCAAGCCUGGUGAGUCAUCAGAGGACUCACACAGGAGAGAAACCCUUUGAAUGUCCUGUUUGUGGGAAAGGUUUCAGUGAGAAUUCCACCAUGGUAAGACACCAGAGGACUCACAGAGGAGAAAAACCCUUUGAAUGUCCUAUUUGUGGGAAAUGUUUCAGUCAGAAUUCCAACCUGGUGAAACAUCAAAGGACUCACACAGGAGAGAAACCCUGUAAAUGUCCUGUUUGCUUGAAAAGUUUCAGUCAGAAUUCUCUCCUGGUGAGUCAUCAGAGGACUCACACAGGAGAAAAACCCUUUGAAUGUCCUAUUUGUGGGAAAAGUUUCAGUCAGAAUUCCAACCUGGUGAAACAUCAAAGGAUUCACGCAGGAGAGAAACCCUUUAAAUGCCCUGUGUGCGGGAAUAGUUUCAGUCAGAAUUCUGUCCUGGUGAGGCAUCAGAGGACUCACACAGGAGAAAAACCCUUUGAAUGUCCUCUUUGUAGGAAAAAAUUCAGUCGGAAUUCUGAGUUGGUGAAACACCAAAGGAUUCAC